AUGCGGAAGAAUAAACCCAUUUUUGGUGGUCUCGUGGAGACACAUGUACAGUUCCCUAAAUCGGCUAAUAUUAUGAACUCUAUUUUACCGGGCUGGUCUUUUCAUGGAAACUAUGACCACUCGGUGCUCGGAAGGAUAUGGGUGGUUUGGCACCCUUCGGUUAAAGUAAGGAUUAUCUCAAGUUCGCACCAACUUACUUCUUGCUACGUGAAGCUACCGCAUAUAAAUCAAGAGCUUCUAGUUUCUUUUGUUUAUGGUUCCAACUGCAGAAUUGAAAGGCGAGCACUCUGGAGUGAGUUGGAAGCGUGCUAUAUUUCUCAGCAAGGGGUUGAUACCCCUUGGAUCAUUCUCGGUGACUUUAAUGAAAUUAUGCACCCGUCGGAGCACUCUUUGGCGGACCAGUCUUCUUUCCCACGGGGCUUAAGGGAUUUCAACGACUGCAUUGAUAGUUGUGCCCUAUUUGAUCUCAACUACUGCGGGAAUUCUUUUACUUGGUCCAAUGGACAUGUCUCAAAGAAAUUGGACAGAAUUAUGACUAAUGCAGCAUGGCUACAGCAGUUACCAGAGUCUAUUGGGGUAUUUGGAGUUCCGGGGAUCUCGGAUCACAGUCCGUGUUGUGUCUUCCUCGAUCAGUUCAAACCGAAGCAAAAGAGGCCAUUUAAAUUCUUUGCCCACUUGAAUCAGCAUGAGGACUUCGGUGAGCUCUUGCGCAACUGUUGGAAUUCUUUGGAUUUUCACGGUACACAUCAGUUAAGGGUCUCAAAAAAGCUGAAAGAGCUUAAAGGAAUUAUCAAAACCUUCAGCCGAGAACACUUUUCUCAUUUGGAACUUCGAGUUGAAGCUGCUUUCUCAGAGUUGUGUUCUGCUCAAGAAAAUGUUCUUGCAAACCCUUCUACUUCAUCAUCUCAGGCUGUAACAGAUGCUCACCACCACUGGCAUGUUUUGGCAAAGGCGGAAGAUUCUUUUCUGAAACAGAGAUCGAGAGUUCAGUGGUCUGCUUAUGGGGAUUCAAAUACUGCCUACUAUCAUAGGUUCAUCAAAACGAGACAGGCCCAGAACCAAAUAAUCUUUCUUCUUGAUAGAAAUGGAGCCAUUAUUGACCAAAUCGAAGACAUAAAGAAGCAUGCUGUUGAUUACUACUCAUCCUUACUAGGUGGUUCUUCGUCAUCAGCGGCGCCUCCUCCGUCAAUUAUUGCCUCGUUCUUACCCCUGCGUUGCUCUGCGGAAGCUGUGAGUCUUCUUGCUGCUGGGUUCACAGAUAUGGACAUUCAAGAAACAUUUCUUGCUCUUCCUAUGUCCAAAGCGCCUGGCCCAGAUGGAUACCCUGCAGAGUUUUUCAAGGCAAAUUGGAGUGUAGUGGGUAAAGAUAUGAUUGCAGCAGUCAAGGAAUUCCUGUCAACGGGAUGUCUGCUCCAACAAUGGAACUCAACAAUUAUCUCCCUAAUACCAAAGAAGGCAAAUGCAAACCAGAUGAGCGAAUUUAGACCCAUCUCCUGCUGCAAUACUGUCUACAAAGUAGCCUCGAAGCUUCUGGCCAACAGGAUCAAAUCCGCCCUGCCUAUGCUCAUUUCCUCUGCCCAGUCGGCUUUCGUCCCGGGUCGCCUCCUGGUGGAAAAUGUUCUAUUGGCGACAGAGCUGGUUGCUGGGUAUAAAUGGAAAGAUAUUUCAAAACGAUGUAUGCUGAAAGUGGAUCUUCAAAAAGCGUUUGAUUCGGUCAACUGGGACUUCAUCUUGAAUACUCUCGAAGCUCUCGGAUUCCCAAGCCACUUUCGGAAGCUAAUUGCUCAGUGUAUAACCACCACCAGAUUCUCCAUCUCGGUUAAUGGAGAGUUAUGCGGGUAUUUUAAAGGCUCCAAGGGACUCCGACAGGGUGACCCCCUCUCCCCCUACCUCUUUGUAAUUGCGCUAGAAGUGUUCUCCCAAAUGCUUAAUGCGAAGUUUAGAGGUGGGGAUAUUGGCUAUCACCCAAAGACAUCAGCCCUUGAGGUAACCCAUCUUGCAUUCGCUGAUGAUCUUAUGAUAUUCUUUGAUGGUGAGAAGAGCUCUCUUGCUAAUAUUGUUGAUACUAUGGAGUUAUUUGCCACUUGGUCUGGUCUGAGAAUGAAUAAGGACAAGACAGACCUCUUCGUGGGAGGUUUGAACCAGCAUGAAGCUACAGAUUUGACAAGUCUUGGGUUCACUCUAGGUUCAUUACCAAUCCGCUAUUUGGGUCUCCCUCUUAUGCACCGCAAGCUGCGCAUUGCUGAAUACAGACCCCUGCUGGUGAAAAUAUCGAGUCACUUCACUGCUUGGUCUUCAAAGAAGCUGUCUUAUGCUGGACGUGCUCAGCUGAUUAAUUCAGUUAUCUAUGGUACUAUCAACUUCUGGACUUCAGCCUUUGUCUUGCCUAAAGGAUGCUUGAAACAAAUUCAGAGUUUGUGCUCUCGCUUCUUAUGGACUGGAAAUGUUAUUGAUCGUGGUGUGGCGAAGAUUGCGUGGAGUACAGUAUGUCUACCUAAGCGUGAAGGGGGUCUCGGUUUUAGGAAUCUGGAAAUCUGGAAUAAGACACUCUGUCUAAAGCUGCUAUGGAGAUUAUAUAUUCCCAAUCCUUCUCUAUGGGCUUCCUGGAUUAGGAAAUACAAGAUAGGAGACGAGAACCUAUGGAGUUUAGAUGCUGAGAAGGCGGGUUCAGGAACAUGGAGAUCUCUCUUGAACCUACGACACUUAGCUACAAACUUCAUACGAGCAGAGGUUGGAAAUGGUGAACAUACAAGCUUUUGGUGGGAUAUUUGGACCCCCCUCGGACGCCUAAUUGAUAUAUUUGGUGACACGGGUCCCCGAGAGCUCUCCAUUCCUCUAUUUGCUACGGUUGCUGAUUGCUGUGAUGGAAAUGGCUGGCGAUUGAGAGGUGCUCGCUCGCCGGCUGCAGAGAAUCUCCAAAUUCAUCUCACUAGUAUUCAGCUCCCCUCCACCUCCCGUACUGAUGAUGUGUUUUACUGGCUUAUCGAUGGCGAGUAUUUACCAACAUACUCUGCCUCACACACUUGGGAGGUGAUUAGAAACAGAGCUCCUUCCACCACGUGGGCAAGCAGUGUCUGGUUCAAAAUGGCAACUCCGCGACAUGCCUUCCUCAUGUGGAUAGCACAGAACGAUAGAAUGCCAACUCGGGUAAGGCUCACAAGCUGGGGCCUUGGGUUAUCACCAAACUGCUGUCUUUGUGACUCCGCACCGGAGACUCGUGACCAUUUGCUCUUACGUUGUGAAGUAAGUGAACAGGUUUGGGUGCUGGUUUUGAGAAGGCUAGGGUAUACUCACUCUGGCUUUAUCACUUGGACUUCUUUUAUUGAGUGGUUAUCUAUUAAGGAUUCCACUGCACCGCUGAUACUCAAAAGACUUGUGUCACACGCAACUAUUUACAGUAUCUGGGCAGAACGGAAUAAGCGUCUGCAUGACGGAAUCUCGACAUUUCCUCCAACGAUUUAUAGGCUCAUUGAUCGCCACAUCAGAGACACAAUCUUGGGGAAACAUAACAGCAAGAAGAGCUUCAAAAACCUUAUGCUAUCAUGGCUAAGGAAUGACUAG